ACGUACAAUAUACAUAAUGAAGACCUGGCCAAUAAAAUUGCAAGUAACUAUUGUCACGCAUGUAACAGAGGAAGGGGGGAGUGGUUGCCUACUUUGGGCGAUGAGGAUCUUCCUUAUUUCUUUUAUUAUUGGUUAGGUGACAAAGUAAAGGAGCAAUUUCAGACAGGGAACAAUUUCUCACCGAUUAUGAAGAAGAUUUAUGGGAAGCUCGAGAAAUUCGGUCCUAGAUGUUCGUGCACCAAUUUGUACGAAGGUCUUAACAAGGACAGGUUCAAACAGGCUAAGGAGUUAUUUGAUUACAACUAUAACUAUAAGAUGCUACUGAGGGAUAACGGAUGGUGUCGCAAUUAUUGCACUAAUGAUAAAUGUGACACCUUGUAUAACACAGCCCAAAGAGCAUAUUCGCAAUUGAGUUCAUAUUGCCCAACUGCUGGCGGAUAUCAAUAUUGUAAAGAAUUCAAUGAGACCACAAAAAAGAAAAAGGAAUAUGAGAAACCAGAAAAAUUAGACUGCCAUGCUGCUGCCAACGAAGUAUCAGUGAAAUAUCCUGCAGCAUCAACACCAACAAAAGCAACACAGGUGAUAGCACAGGUUGCAAGUUCUGUUACAUUGCCUUCGGAGGAAGAAUACGCUAGGUUCAAUGAAAGGAAUUAUUGUAAAGGAGACCGCAGGGGGGAGUACUGUAAAGAAGACUUAAGGAGAGAAGUGGAAACAACAUUAACAUCGUGGAAGAAUGAUGUAACCUUGGCCGAUGGAAUUGUAAGAAACUACGAUUACGCAUGUACGAAAGGAGGACAGGGUGAACCGUCCUAUUAUGACCGUUGUAAAUUCUUUUAUUAUUGGUUAGGAGAUAAAUUAGGAGACUCUCGAUCAAUGGUUAUUCCGGAAAUUUAUAAGAAGCUGAAAGAUUCCACGGGCACAUGUAAGUGCACCAAUUUGUACGAUAACAUUACCAAAGAAAGGUUCCCACAGGCUAAGAUACUAUUCGACUACUACUGUAAUUAUAAGAAAUUAGAAGGGAAGAAUGAGUGUAAUGAUUAUUGUAAAAAUAAAACAUGUGACGACGCCUACAGCAAAGCUGAAUCAACAUAUACAACGGUAAAUACAGAAUGCCAUACCACUCAGGGAGAACCAUAUUGUAAUAAAUUUAAAGAAGAAAAAGGGAAGGAGGGGGAAUUCUCGAAACCGAAGGAACUACCAAAACAAACGUGCACUCCACCUCUAGCACCAGAACCAGCACGACCAUCAACUUCACAGGAAAAUCUAACAGCAUCAGAUGGGGGAGUAGCUAGAACUGCUAAGGAUUCCCCAGAUUCAAUACGUGUGAAGAAGGUAGGAACAGACCACAAGGUCCACCUCCUCCAGGAAAACCACAAGGACCACCACAACAAGGUGGAAACAAACCCCAAGGUCCACCUCCCCCUGGUCCUGGUAGUACAGGACACCAAAGUGGUGUACAGAAACUUAGUUCUCCAAUAUAAUCUUCUACCUCCUGGACUAAAAAACUUCUUUGGAGGCAGUAGCACCAACAGUAAAAGCAAUAGAAGAAGAAGAACAGUUGAGCGCGACUUUGAUUCAUUGAUGAACGAUUCUACAGAUGUUUCAACAGUGCAUUCCACAACAGAUUCGACGGACAAUUCUACCAUAUAUGAUAGAUCACCACCAUCUGGACGGAGAAAAGCAAAUAAUAGAAGGAAUGGGCAACAUAGGAACAAUAUUGCUUAUCAACGUAUGUAA